AAGCAAUUAGACACUUAUCACCAUAGCACCUGUGUCUUGAUGCACGCACACACACACAAACACCUUCAGGAUGCAGGAAUAUGACAUUAUAGUGCUUGGAACUGGACUUAAGGAAUGUGUCCUAUCCGGAUUAAUGUCUCUUAGUGGGAAAAAGGUUCUCCACAUAGACAAAAAUCCCUAUUAUGGAGGAGAGAGCGCGUCUAUUUCUCCACUCGAGGAGUUGUACAAGAAGUUUAAGGUUCCAUGUCCUCCUACAUCGAUGGACCGGGGCAAAGAGUGGAACGUUGACCUCGUCCCCAAGUUUUUUCUUGCAAAUGGUGAGCUGGUAAAAAUCUUGGUGCACACUGAGGUAACUCGUUAUAUGGAUUUCAAAGUUGUUGAAGGCGGCUAUGUAUACAAGGCAGGAAAAGUGCACAAAGUCCCUGUAACAGAAGAAGAUGCCCACGGUUCGGAUCUGAUGGGGAUGUUUGACAAGAGGAGGUUCAAGAAGCUGCUGCAGUUUGCCCUGAAUUUUGACCUGACAAACCCCCGGACCCACCAGGACGUGGAUCCUCACAAAACCACGUCCCAGGAAAUGUUCGGUCGCUUUGACCUGGGACAAGAUGUCAUAGAGUUCACAGGUCACGCCAUAGCAUUACACUGCAAUGAGAGUUACCUGGACCAGCCUUGUGCGGACACUAUUAACCGGAUCAGGCUAUACGCCGAGUGUGUAUCUCGCCACAACACCAGUCCGUACAUAUACCCGCUGUACGGGUUGGGGGAACUCCCACAGGGAUUUGCCAGACUGAGUGCAGAGUACGGAGGAACCUUCCUGCUCAACCGGGCGGUUGAUGAGAUUGUGAUGGACAAUGGCAAAGUGACAGCUGUCAAAUCGGAGGGAAAGCUGUUCCACUGUAAACAGUUAAUCUGUGAUCCCAGCUACGUUCCCAACAAAGUCAGGAAGGUGGGGCGUGUCAUUAGAGUGAUUUGUUUAUUAAAUCAUCCAGUUAAAAACACUCACGAGGCCAGCUCCUGUCAGAUCAUCAUCCCUCAAGGGCAGCUUAAAAGGAAGUCAGACAUUUACAUAUCUGUAGUGUCCUACAGCCACAAUGUGUCCUCAGACGGGAUGUACAUAGCCACGGUGAGCACAGUUGCAGAGACCAGCAACCCAGAGAAAGAGGUGCAGCCAGGGCUGGAGCUUCUCGAGCCUAUCAUGCAAAAAUUUGUGUCCACCAGCAAUCUGCUAGUUCCAAAUGAGGAUGGCAAGAAGAGCCAGAUAUUCGUAUCCCGGUCGUAUGACGCCACAAGCCACUUUGAGAGUGAGUGUGAGGACAUCAAAGACAUGUACCACCGGCUCACAGGAACAGAGCUCUGCCUCGGGAGGUCUCGACACACGUCUCGCAACUCUGAUGACGACUGAAAAAGACCUUUCAAAGAGGAACCAAAUGAUUUUACAGUAUUGAGCUGAGCUGUAAUGCAGAGGGUGUUCAUUUAGCAUGUAUAGUGAACUGUGUGUGUGUUGUUUAAUGCUGGGCGUCUAUUUCUUCCUGAUGUUUGCUAUUAAUUCCCCUUUAUUGUGGAAAAAAAAGAAACUUUGUUUAUGAGAAGCUGUUGAGAAGCCAUCCUAAUUUGUGUAUUCCUUAGUUUCAUCCUUAUGCACCAGCAAUGUUUUGUUAUAAAUAAUUCAACAGUAAAUCAGUAAGGCUUUUUUGCUGUACUGUUCUCUUUCCUAUUCAAGGUCACAGGUCAGCUGGAGCCCGUCAUGAGCACAUUAUAGUUUGUGAAAUUCAAUAACCUCCUCUCACCAUGAAAAAAUAAAGAAUUUUUGACAUGA